UUUUUUCUUCUUCUACUUUUCGGGUUCCCAUCGGGUUUGUUUCUUAUCCUCGUCUUGCGCGAAUUGUUUCACUGCCGGAAUUCUUUUUUUCUUCUUUUUCUUUCGAGCUGACACACGUACAAAACGUACACACACAUAAGAUUCGAGAUUGUUGGACGACGAUUGGAAAUAACUUGUAGCUCAGCAUUUGUGUCCUACCCGAUUAGCACACAACGGUUGUGUGGAUUAAAGUUUCCUCUUGUGAUUAAUAACUUUAUUCGAAUAUUGGCUCGUUUUUACUUUGUACGCCCGAAGGUAGUUGCAGAGUGGCUGACUUGAAGCCGUACUUUCCCCCCACGAUGGAGUUAGUCAUGUCCCAUGUCCCAUGUCUCGUUUUUUCACUUUUCAUCCUCGAUCACUUUUUUUUCUUUUCUUUUUCUUUUUCUUUUUCUUUUUAACCGUUUCGGUGUUUAUCGUCUGUCUGUAUGACCCGGAAGUCAAAGCUAGGUUCUGACAAAGAGUUCUCGUCUAGUACCCGGAAUAUAAUUCACUUCGAGGACAACGAUCACUACAUUGGUAUCGACGUUGGCACUGGCUCUGCCCGUGCUUGUCUAAUUGACUCUUCUGGAGACAUCAAAGCUCUAGCUUCCGAGGCCAUUAAGCUAUGGCAACCCCAGCAAGGUUACUAUGAACAAUCAACCACCGAUAUCUGGCAUUGUAUUUGCCAUUGUGUGCAACGCGUCGUCCAUCAAUCCGGAGUUGAUAUCGGCCAUAUCAAGGGCCUAGGUUUCGAUGCCACCUGCUCCCUCGCAGUUUUCUCCGAAAAAGAUGACCAACCUGUCCCGGUUACCGGCCCGGACUUCGAGAAUGAUGGAAAUGACCGCAAUGUUAUCUUAUGGCUGGACCACCGUCCUGUCCAAGAGACGGACAAGAUCAACGCUACAGGCCACAACCUAUUACGAUAUGUAGGCGGCAAGAUGAGCAUUGAGAUGGAAAUUCCUAAGGUGUUGUGGUUAAAAAAUAAUAUGCCCAAGGAACUAUUCGACCGCUGCAAGUUCUACGACUUGACAGAUGCGCUGACACACCUAGCUACGGGCAACGAGAAUCGAAGCUUCUGUAGCACGGUCUGCAAGCAGGGCUAUGUCCCUAUCGGUGUAGAUGGAAGUGAGAAGGGCUGGCAAGAAGAUUUCUUCGAGGAAAUUGGGCUGGGUGAUCUGGCCAAAGACAAUUUUAGGCGCAUGGGAGGUGUUAAUGGAAUUAAUGGAAAAUACUUCAGCGCGGGAGAACUCGUCGGUCACUUGUCUGACCAUGCUAGCAAGCAACUCGGGCUGCAAGCAGGUAUUGCUGUCGGCAGUGGUGUAAUUGAUGCCUAUGCCGGCUGGGUCGGUACGGUUGGAGCUAAGGUUGAUACCGAGUAUGGCCAUGCGGAUGAGAGCGCCCCGGCAAACGACCUUGCCCAAGCUUCCACCAGACUUGCUGCCGUAGCUGGCACAUCUACCUGCCACCUUGCCAUGUCCGAGAAACCUGUAUUCGUCAACGGAGUAUGGGGCCCUUACCGCGACGUACUUCUGCCUAACUACUGGUUAGCAGAGGGCGGCCAAUCGGCAACGGGUGAACUACUAAGACACAUCCUGGAAACACACCCGGCACACAAAGAAGUCUUACCUCUUGCGGAAGCUAUGCACAUGAAUAUCUACGAUUACAUGAACGGGCAUCUGAGGGAGUUAGCCGAGAAAGCUAAAGCUCCCACUGUCUCUUACCUCGGACGUCACUUCUUCUUCUACGGCGACCUGUGGGGUAACCGGUCGCCCAUCGCAGACCCUCAAAUGAAAGGAUCGGUGAUCGGUCUGAGUUCCGACUCGAGCGUCGAUGGUCUUGCCUUGUAUUACUACGCCACAAUGGAGUUCAUUGCUCUGCAAACGCGACAAAUAAUCGAGGCCAUGAACAAGGCGGGUCACAACAUUCAGACUAUCUUCAUGUCCGGCAGUCAAUGUCAGAACGAUAUGCUUAUGGAUCUUAUCGCCACUGUCUGCGACAUGCCGGUGUUAAUUCCCCGGUAUGUCCACGCUGCUGUCGUACACGGAGCAGCCAUGCUUGGUGCAAAGGCAGCAAGCGCAGAUGACCAAGGUAAAACCGAGAAUCUCUGGAGCAUCAUGGACCGAAUGAGCAAGCCGGGCCGACUCGUCAAGCCCGGGACCAACGCAAGCGAGAAGAAACUCUUCGACGCCAAGUAUGAGGUAUUCCUAGAACAAUGCCGAACCCAACGGGAAUACCGUUCUAAAGUUGACCAAGCUAUCAGUGCUUGGGGACUUGAGAAUGGGAAUUAGAUGAAAAAAGAAGGGAUGGCCUCUGGCAAUGGUAUCUGGAAUCAGAUGUUAAUGAAAUGGAAGCUCUAUGGGACUUAUCGGCAGGCGCAUGUGGUAAAGGAUAGGGGUACCUGUAGAGAGACUGAUGUCUAUAAGGGAUAUAAUCGGUGAUUUAGACUAGGUGCGAUGCAUAGGUUAGGUACAUUUGGUAAACAGAUAUAUUUUUAGUCUGGUGUGAAUCGAUAGGCUUAAGGGUGGUAAAAACAAGCAUGCCGUAUAUUUCUCUCAUAACAAUGCCCGGGGUCUGAUAAGGGAUCUUUGGGUUUUCUGUCUAGCAUUCACGCAGUCCUCAAGGAUCGUAGAGAUACCAAUGAUUAUUCUUAUUUGCAACUACAUAACUACCUAACCUAACCUACCUAGGUACCUAG